AUGGAGCAGUUCUUAAAGCUGAAACCGUCCAAGUUCAACGGGAAGGGAGAUCCCGAGACUGCUACUAUCUGGGUUCAAGAAUUGGAGAAAGCCUCUACACUGCUGGAGUACACGGAGGAAGAAAAGGCCACCCGAGGUAAGGUUUUUCCUAUAAGCACGAUCCCAAAUUGGACUGCCUUCGUUGAGACCUUCAAUGGGAAAUACUUCUCUGAGACUGCACAAGAACAGAAAAUGGCAGAGUUUUUACAACUUUGUCAAAACCAGAUGACUCUGGAUCAGUACGAGGCGGAAUUUGCAAGAUUGUCUAAAUUCGCACCAAGAAUGGUGGAAGAACCUAUGGACAGGGCGAGGAGGUUCCAAGAUGGACUGAAACCAAAUCUCUGUAGUCAGUUGAUACUCCUGAAUCUAAGGGACUAUAAUGAGCUCUACAAGAGGGCUCAAAUGGUUGAGCGGGACAUGACAGAAAGGACUGCCACUUCUAGAUCGCAGUACGCGCCGGCUAAGGACAAUAGAAACUUUGGAAAUAAGCCUAUGACUGGGAAUAGGCGAUUUGUCCCUCCAGUGAGAAAGAACUUUAGAAAGCUGAGCUACUACUCUAACGUUGCAUGUCGGUCUUGUGAAAGGAGGCACGGGAAUAGCCCUUGCCCAGGUGGACCUGGAGCGUGUUUUGGAAGUGACUAA